AGAGAUAUUGUAAGAUAAUUCAAUUGUGUUUGCAAUCUUUCCCUCUGUGUCCAAUCAUAAUGGCUGAAAUCGCCCUCACCAUCCUCGGCCCUGUCGUUCAGGAGGCAGUUUCCAAAACAGGUUCAUUUCUUAAAAAACGAAUUGGAAUUGCAGUGGGUUUGGAAAAGGAGCUUGAUAGGCUUGGAGAUUCUCUCAUUCUCAUUCAAUCUGUCAUCCAACACGCAGAGGAAAGGCAAGAAAGUGACCCAGCUAUAAGGCAUUGGCUACAGAAGCUGAAAGACAUAGCUUAUGAGGCAGUGGAUGCAUUGGGUGAGUGCGAGUACAAGAUUCUUAAGAACAAAGUUAAGAGUCAUAGGCACUGGAAUCCUGAGUCCGUAUACUUUUCUCCCUUGUUUCGUAAUCGUAUGGCUGACAAAAUCAACAACAUUACUAAGCAGUUGAAUGACUUGAAAGACUGGGCUAGCAUGAUCAACUUGGUGGUCUCAUUGAGAGGCCAGACUUGUCCGAGGCAACAUCAAAAGACAGAUUCUUUUCCUGAUAAUUCCACAGUAUUCAAAAGGGAAGCUGAUGUCUCAAGAAUUCUUAGCUUGUUGCGUGACUUGAGAAGGAGUCAACAUCCCAUCUCUGGCAUUUCUAUUGUAGGUAUGGCUGGGAUUGGAAAGACAACAAUAGCAAAAUCAGUAUACAUGAAAGCAAAGAAAGAAAAGCUCUAUGAUCUAGUGGCCUGGGUGUGUGUAUCCGAGGACUUUAAUGAUCAAAUCAUUUUGCAACAGAUGUCAGAGCACUUUGGUUGUAGUGCUGUUCCAAGGAAUAAUAUUAAUGCAUUGCUUGAAGAUCUUGCAAAAAAAUUAGAGAAUAAAACUUUUCUUCUCAUUCUUGAUGAUGUAUGGAAUGAAGAUCCUUACAAGGGGGAACACUUCAGCUCUUGUUUGUUAAAAAUUCUGAAAACUACUGGGAGCUCUAUUGUCAUAACAACUCAUAGUGGAAAGGUAGCAUCUGCGAUGCAGUCAGUUCCUAUGCAAAACUAUGACAUGGGGAGGUUAUCAGAUGAUGUUUGCUGGUUGAUAAUAAAAGAGAAAUUUCUUAGAUCAUUCACAGAAACUUCAAUGACUCCUGAUUUGGAAGCUAUUGGACAGGAUAUAGCAAAAAAAUGUGGAGGUUUGCCAUUAGUUGCUAGUGUCAUUGGAGGAACGUUGAGCCGUCGAACUAGUGCAGAUGAAUGGAAGGAUAUCAGAGAUGAUAAAGCAUGGAAUUUGAAUUCACGAGAUGGACAUAAGAUUUUAUCUAUUCUGAAAAUAAGUUUCAAUCAUUUGACUUCUCCUUUGAAAAAAUGCUUUUCUUACUGUUCAAUUUUUCCAAAGGAUUUUAUCAUUGAAAAAGAUGAUCUAGUUCAACUCUGGAUGGCCCAGGGGUUUCUUUACCAACCUAAUGAAAGCUUUGUGACAAUGGAGGAUGUUGGUAAUGAUUACUUUAGUGAUUUGUUAUCUAACUCCUUAUUUCAAGAUGUGAACAAGGAUGAAUAUGGGAAUAUCAGAUCUUGCAAGAUGCAUGAUACAGUGCAUGAUUUAGCGCUGUCUGUCUCACAAGGUGACACUUUUGUCUGGGAGACUGGUUGCAUAAUUGACCAGGAUGCUAAAAUUCGACAUUUAAGAGUUAAGCAUGGCAAGAACGAGCGUCCAAUCAUUCCAAGAGGUGUUGCUCAAAGAUUGCAUUCCUUGUUCUUGGAUGAGGUUGAUGUUUUCAUUUCCAGUGCAUCUGAUCUCAAAAGCUUGCGAGCUUUAAAAAUAGUGGGAGCUGAGGGAGAACAGUUGCCCAUUAUUCUUUGCAAAUUGAAGCACUUGAAAUACCUUGACCUCUCAAGCAGCAAUAUAAAAGCACUACCAAAAUCCUUUUUCAAACUCUACAAAUUGCAGACUUUUAGACUUAUGUGGUGCUAUUCUCUGCGCAUGUCUGAUGAGAUGAGAAAUUUGAUCAGCUUAAGACAUUUUUAUUUUACCAACGAAAAGCUGAUGCCAAGAGAUAUUGGGCAUUUAACUUCCCUACAAACCUUACCAUUAUUUGUUGUGAGUAGGGCAAACUUAGACCAACUUGGAUGCCUAAGUCAACUUGGAGGAGCAUUGAAAAUAUGCGACCUUGAAUUUGCCAGAGCUAUGUCAGAAGCCGUCAAAGCAAACUUGGACAAGAAGACAAAAUUGUAUGAGUUGGAAGUUGCAUGGAAUAGAGAAAAUGAAGACCACAGCAAUUAUGAGGUUUUGGAAGGUCUAAGGCCUCCCUCAAGUUUGAAACACUUGACAAUUGAAGGUUAUGAGGGAGAAAAGUUUCCCUCGUGGCUUGAGAUGGGUGUUCAAUUUUUUGGCGAUUCCUCUCCACUGGACAAUCUUUUGACUUUGAAGUUAUAUAACUGCAAUGAAUGUGUAGAGAUUCUGAGUUUGGGAUUUAUACCUAAGCUUGAGGAUCUUGAAAUAGAAGGAAUGUCAAAGGUGAAACGUAUGGGCAGCAAGUUUUGUCUUGAUGGCAGCAACAUGACAAGUAGUAGUUGUGGUGACAAAAAAUCAAUCAUAUUGUUCCCAGCUUUGAAAAAACUCAAUAUAUGGGACAUGGAAAUCCUAGAGGAAUGGGCAGAAAUAGAAGGCACCACCACAUUUCCUUGCCUUGAGGCUUUGUCUGUUGGAAAUCUUCCGAAGUUAAAGACCUGGUCAAUGAGUGGAUUUUCAUCUCAUCAUAAGCUCUCAUCUGCCGAUAUACAUGAUUGUCCGAUCCUGGUGACUCUUCCAAGGCUGGAAUCCUGCAUCUCUCUCGAAGAGUUGACUAUUGUCCAUUGUGACAAUCUAAUUUCUAUUUCAGAAGAUGUUGGAAGAUCAAGUUCGCUUACUCUUUUGAAGAUUACUAGUUGCGAAAAUCUAAGGAGCAUUCCAGAGGGGUGGCUGGGUAGGAAUACCAGGUUGGAGGAGUUAGAAAUCGGUCCUUUCUGGUCAGAGUUGGAGGAAUAUCCAGGACUCACUUCCAUCCAUCAACUCCACGCCUCCCUUAAAUCUUUGACACUAUGGGGAUGGGAUAAACUAAAGUCUCUGCCACAUCAGCUUCAACAUCUCACUGCCCUCAAGCAAUUGACAUUGGAGAACUUCAAUGGCCUGGAAGCUUUGCCAGAGUGGUUGGGAGACCUCUCUUCUCUUCAUAACCUGCAGAUUUCGCAUUGCUUUAAUUUGAUUCAUCUGCCUUCUAUUGAAGCCAUGCGACGCCUCUCCAACUUACAAUCUCUUGAAAUUUGGGGUUGUCCCAAAUUAGAAGAAAGAUGCGCCAAAGAGAGCGGCCCCGAAUGGGCCAAGAUUUCCCACAUUCCCAACAUCAGAAUAAGUUUCGUGUACCUGCAGCGGCAUUUUUCUAACAUUGUAUGUAUGCAACAGCCUGUAAGAGACAAACCUGAAGAACUCGGCAUGCCAGCAUACAUAGAAACAGAGGAUGAAUUGCCAUUUAGUGUCGAAAGAUACACCAGUAUAAGUUCUAGGCAAGGUGGAGAAAUGCUGACAGAGAUACCAGAAGGAGACGAAUGGAUUGCUCCAAAUAUCUGUGCAACUGUUUGUAAACCUGUACUCCCAGAAUCUCCAAACUGCCCAUUUCUGGUUGCCCUGUCCUUGGAAGGAAGCAAAGCUCUAAUGGCUAUCCCUUCGUCGUUCUUCGUGCACAUGCCUGUCCUGACACGCUUGAAUUUGUCUCGUACUAGUAUCAGAUCUUUGCCUGUGUCUCUUUUCAAUUUGGUUUCACUUAAGGAACUCAGUUUGAGGCACUGCAAACUCUUCAUGGAAUUGUCACCACAAGUUGGACAACUUUAUAAUCUUGUUUUGCUUGAUCUUGAUGAGACUCAGAUUGCGGAAUUGCCAAAGGAGAUUGGAAAACUUUCCAAUCUAAAAAUUUUGAGAUUAUCUCUUAACGGAUACAUGAACUGUGGAAAGCAAUUGCAGCAAAAUGUAUUAAUUCAUCCUGGGACCAUUAAAAGGCUCUCGCAGUUGAUGGAAUUAAAAAUUGAUGUGAAUCGGGAUAAUGAGGACUGGAAUGCAGUUGAGGAAGUUGUUGUAGAGGAAGCCUGUAGCCUGGAAAGAUUGGAGCUUCUCAUAUUAUACCUGCCAAAUGUUCAGAUUUUGGGAAAACGCAGAACAGGUAGCACAUCACUCAGCUAUUAUCCCUUGUGUAGAUUCAAGUAUACUGUUGGGCAGCAUAGACAGCCUAUCAUCUCUCGAGUACCAGAAAAAGUUGAAACUCAAUUUCAAGAGUGGGGCAAAUGCUUGAAAUUUGUCAAGGGCAAUGAUAUCUCAAGUGAGAUGAAAAGGGUACUUGGAUGCACAAAAGCAUUCUACCUUGAACGUCAUGCCACUGCUAGAAGCUUGUGUGAUUUUGGGAUUAAAAAUAUGAAGAACCUAAAGUUCUGCUUAUUGGCAGAAUGUAAUGAAAUCCAAACCAUCAUAGAUGAAGGAAAGUCUUAUGAAGAAGAAAAAAUUGAUAUAGUUGAAGGUGAGGUGAUCGAUUGUGAGUCUGUAGUUGAGGCAUAUUCUGCUCAAGAACAUGUAGUUUUGAAUCUACAGCACUUGCAUAUCUAUUACCUGAAGAAUUUAGCGAGCAUUUGGAGAAGCCCCACCUAUGAUAAGCGGUGUCUAUCUGGCUUGAAGGUCCUAGAACUCCAUGUGUGCCCCAAAUUGAGUGUCAUUUUCUCACCAGCUUUGCUCACAAAUCUUGGCAAGUUGGAGGUGCUUGUAGUUGAAGACUGCCCUGAAUUGACCAGUGUUGUAAGCCCAACAAGCAAUGCAUCCUUUGAGUUUGCACUAGAUUGUUUUCUGCCUAGCUUGAAGAUGAUGCUACUUCUUUUCCUUCCAAAAUUGGAAAGCAUUUCUAGUGACUUUCACAUUGCACCAAAACUGGAAAAGAUGGGAUUUUAUGAUUGCCCAGAGCUUAAGAGUCUUUCUAAAAGGGAAAUGUCAAGUGAAAAUUUGAAAGUGAUCAAAGGAGAAAGGGAGUGGUGGGAAGCAUUGGAAUGGGAAGAGUCAGAGUGGAAAAGUCAGCCCGAUUAUCUCCAUAGCAUUUUCUCCCCAAUUGAUGAAGACGAUGAUGUGAUGACACAAAUGCAAGAGAUGUGUGACUAUGGGUCCAUUACUAGUCAGGGGAUAGUAGAGCAAGUGGCAGGGUCCACCAGCUUUCCCCUGGAUAAUGGUGCCGGGUUGCCGCCACGUUCCGUCGUCCAGAUCCAGCUGGACAUUUCCUCUCUUCCACCUUACCUUCCUUUGCCGACGGUAAGAGCAACCGAUCGAGUGGGAUCGAAAUCUUUUGAAAAUUCGGUGCUUUUGGUUAGCUUGAACCGUGCUGGACAAUAUGCGGAGGCACGGAAGAGCUUGUGUGGUGGUUCUAGGAGACUUUUGUCGCAGUCCUCGGAUGCAGUAUCACGCCCUGUCGCUCGCCCAUCAGUUAUUCUUUUCAACCUUCCAUUCUUAGAAUCUUUGGAGGUGGACAUUGUUGCUUAUGGAGUAAAUGUCAGCACAAUGGAUAUCCGUAAGAAAAUGUUCCAUCAUAUCAUUAUAGAAAGGACAGAGCUUGGGACUCUAGUUUGUAGAUCUCAGGUGUGUAGAGAUUUGGGAAAAGGGGAGGGUUAUCACCUCUUGUCUAGCCCAUCAUCAGAUGUACCAAAGAGGAAUCAUGAAGAGUAUGAGUUGCUGUUCUAUGGUGUCUGUCUGAGAGAAUGGAUCUAUUCAUAUUCACACAAUGAAGCAAUGGCUGAAACUCCUUCAAAGCUUACCAACGAUACUUUAUUCCUUGACACUUCUGCCGAAGCCAAUCUUUCAGUUUGUUGUGCUCCUUUGGUUUCUUUGCAUUAAAGUUCCUUGCCCUGAUGUUUUUAUAGUACAGAAUCCUCCUUCUGUUCCAACCUUAGUGGCUGUAAAAUGGGCAAGCUCAUUAAGGCAGUCUGCAUUAAUUGUUGAUUGGCAUAAUUUUGGAUACACCCUUCUUGGCUUGUCCCUGGGAUGAAGUAGUCGCUUUGUUUCUGUAUAUCGUUGGUAGAAGAAAGUUGCCUUUUAAUUUCACUCAUGUGAAGAUGAUCAAUUUUCUUGUAUGAUUGAUGUCUUUUUCUGAUAACAUCAGGUUUGAGAAGCAUUAUGGGAAAAAGGCAAAUGGUUUCGUUGUGUGUAACAAGGGCAAUGCAACAUGAAUUAGCACAAAAUUGGGGAAUUAAGUAAGAUGAUUAGC